AUUUUUACAUUCAUAAAAGUCUCUCUCUCUGUCUAGAGCCUCGUUACUUUCUCUCUCUUUCCCUUUUUUUCACAGCCAUUUGUUAGAUUCUUCUCUCUUUUUAUUUCCUGGGCUGUUCUUGUUUUCUCGAAUUUUCACAGAGGAAGGUUUUUUUUAUUGGCUUCUGUUGAGGAAUAGACUUUUCUGGGUUUAUUUCUUAGCAGUGAAGCUUCUCAAUAGUCUUAAACUCAAUAAGCUAUCUAUAAUAUUAAAUAACUUUUUUUUUGUUGAAAAAUAUGGGAAAGCAAGGGCCUUGCUAUCACUGUGGUGUCACAAGCACACCUCUAUGGAGAAACGGGCCACCAGAGAAGCCAGUAUUGUGCAAUGCGUGUGGUUCGAGAUGGAGAACGAAGGGAUCAUUAGUAAACUACACUCCCCUUCAUUCUCGUGCUGAUGAUAUUAAUGAUCACAGAGCUCCAAGGAUGAUGUUGAUUAAUGGAAUGCCUUUGAACAAAAAGACUCCCAAGAGGAAACCAUAUCAAGAAAACUUCACGGUUAAAAGAACCAACAACGGUUUGAAGAAGAGGGCUUUAGACGAAUUAGAAGCUAGCAACAGGUCGAGUUCAGGGUCGGUUGUAUCCAACUCGGAGAGCUGUGAUCAAUCCAAUGCCUGGGAAACUACUUUUCCUUGUAAGAAGAGGACAUGUGUGUUGGGGCGUCCUAAGGCGGCUUCUUCUGUUGAGAAGCUCACAAAGGAUCUCUAUAGUAUUUUACAAGAACAACAGUCUUCUUGUCUCUCUGGUACUUCAGAGGAAGACUUGCUUUAUGAGAAUGAAUCACCUAUGGUGAUAGGACAUGGGAGUGUUCUUUUGAGAGAUCCUCAUGAGGAAACUGAAGCUAGCUCACUCUUGGUUGACAGCAGCAGGUCCUCAUCAAUUCGUUCUGCUGAAUUUGUGGUGAAGAGAGGCCAGAGAUCUCUAAACUUUGGUUGCAGGACCAAAUCUCAAGUCUCGGGAAGACAUGGUUUACCACUUUGUAACAUAGAUUUGAAGGAUGUUUUCAAUUAUGAUGAGUUCAUAGAAAAUUUCACAAAGGAAGAACAACAAAAGCUGAUGAAAUUACUUCCUCAAGUUGACUCUGUUGAUCUUCCUGAUAGCGUCAGAAGCAUGUUUGAGUGUUCUCAAUUCAGAGAAAACUUCUCCUUGUUUCAGCAACUAGUUGCUGAUGGUGUCUUUGAGACAUGCUCACCAUCUUUUUCUUCCUCAGGAUCAGACUUUAAGACUCUUGCAAAGCUUGCUUUAUCUGAUCCCAACAAAUCCCAUUUGUUGGAAACCUAUCACAUGCUCAAGGAACAGAGAAAAGGAAUUGAAGACUCUGUUACUAAACCAUCAGAUAAUCAUAGUCUAGUAACCAUUGAAAGACCUUGUGAAAGCUUAAACCAAAACUUCUUAGAGACAAGGGCAGUGAUGAAGAGCCCCAAAGAAGUGAUGAAGAUUAGCUCAAAACACAUGGAAACCAAUGAAACUAUAGAGAAUAGUGUCUCUUCCUUCAAUCAAAUGAGCUAUGGUGGAUCUAUGGCAUUUAGCUAUGAAGAUAAUGAUAUUUCUGAUCAGGAUCUUCUUCUUGAUGUGCCGUCCAAUGGAUCAUACCCUCAAGCAGAGCUUCUUCACAUGAUAUGAAAGAAGAGAAAGCUUCUCAAUCUCAAUUGGUGUUUUCUCAGAACAAAUACUUAAAAAGACCUCUUCAAAGAUCUCUCUCUUUCUGUCUCUAAUGAUUGAAGAUAAAACUCUCUUUAUCUUGGCUGAGAAAAUGUGGCCAAAUGAGAUUUUAAUUUCCUGCAUUAGAAAUUGCAAUCUGCAGAUAUAUUUAAAAGGGAAGAAGUUUCUUGUAAGGGAUCUUUUCGGCGGUCUUAUUUGAUAUAUAUACUGUCUUCUUGUU